AGGCCGUUUUGGCAAGAGCCAGCUCAAGUUCCUGCAUCAACUCGGUCCUUUGGCGGUCCAAGUGAACCACCAUGGCAGGUCGUGUCGCAUCGGCUACGGCGUUGGCCCUCUCCGCAGGCAGCUGCAUGGCCUUUGUCGCGCCCAGCGCGCAGGACACCACCCAGCAGGUGUCACUGCGUGCCUCCGCCAGUGCCAAGCCCGCCCAGCCCUCCAUGGGGUCCGGUGCCUGGGGUGUGGCUGGAACUGCGGCCGCCAUGUCUGUGUUGGGCCUGGCCAGUCGCCGCAGUAGUGGAAAAGCGGUGGCGCGACAGGUGGUGGGUGUUUGCUUGCCUUUGACGGAGAAGUUCGACCCUCUUGGGUUGGGGACAGAGGCCAAGAUGGAGCGCUACACCCAAGUAGAGAUCAAACACGGGAGGGUAGCCAUGAUCGCCGUGCUGGGCUAUAUCAUGCCGGAGGUCUUCCGCUUCCCAGGCUGCGAGGAGUUCAAGCACGGCCUCGGCGCCUUUGAGACCAUCCCCUUGGAGGGCUGGGUGCAGUUGGUCGCCUUGGUCGGCGCCCACGAGGUCUUGGUGAAGCCCCGCGCGGGCGGCCUCGGCUCCAGCGACUUCGGCCUGGGCACCGAGCUUUUGGACGGCAUCGAUGACGAGGAGUUGGAGCGCAAGCUGACCGUCGAGCGCAACAACGGGCGCUUGGCGAUGGUGGCCAUCAUGGGGCUCAUGGUGCAGGAUGGCAUGUUUGGAGAGCCUCCUUUGACGUACAUGUCCAAGAACGGCUGGUGGGGAGAGCCUGUCCAAUGGUACGUCCAGCACAUCAACAAUUGCCAGUCCUUCACUGGCGCGGUGGUGGAUAACGCGGCCGUUUGCGCCUUGCCACGCCGCACCGGCCGAACCACACUCCGGGCCACCAAAUUGAGCGAAGGGCCUUUCAUUGAGACCGAGACCUACCCAAAGGAGAUGGAGAUGUCCGCUUCCGUGCCAUUCCUCCGUUAUCCCCAGGUGCUAAAAGGCUGGGUGGGCGAGGAGAAGGGCUUCGACCCUUUGGGCGUCACCGAUGCCCUGCCCGUCUACUGGGUGCGCGAGGCGGAGCUCAAGCACGGCCGGGUCUGCAUGUUGGCCACGGUGGGAUGGAUCGCCACUGACCUGGGCUUCCGCUUCCCAGGUGACAAGUUCCAGGCAGUGGCCAAUGCAUACGAGGCCCAUGACAAGAUGGUGGAAGCUGGCUACAUGCUCCCUUUCCUGGGCGCGAUCGGCACGGUGGAGCUCUACUCCGGGUGGCUGCUCUACCAGGGCUGGUUGAAAGAGGUGAACCGCGAUGCGGGUGACUUCUUUGUGGGGAAGAACUUCCUGCCCAAAGAGCCGGAGAAGGAGAAGGACAUGCGUUUGAAAGAGCUCGAGAACGGGCGCUUGGCCAUGUUCGCCUUCAGCGGCAUUGUCACCCAGGCGGCCAUGAUGCCCGGCAAGGUCUGGCCCUUCUUCUGAG